GUUUUGUACUUCAAGCAAAACAAACAAACUAUGGCUGACGAUUUGGGUCUCGAUCUCGGAAAAAAGAAGAAGUCUAAGAAGGUGAUCAAAAUCGAUGGCGAUGAUGCUCCUGUUGAGACCGGCGUAGAAGCUGUAGAAGAUGGCUUGGGCGAGCUAAACCUUGGAGCUAAAAAGAAGAAGAAAACUCCAAAGACAGCCGGCGAAGAAGUAGUUGAAGAGAAAGUUCCAACUCUCGAAAUCGGAAUUGGAGCUCAAAACUUGAUCGAUGCAAAAGGGGCAUGGCCAGAUUACACAUACGAAGAAGCUCUCACUCUUGUCUAUCAGGUUAUGAAAGACAAAAAUCCAGACUUUGCUGGAGACAAGAAGAAGUUCGCCAUCAAGCUCCCAGAAGUUGCAAGAGCUGGAUCAAAGAAGACUGCUUUCUCCAACUUCCUCGAAAUUUGCCGGCUUAUGAAAAGACAAGACAAACACGUGCUCCAAUUUUUGCUCGCGGAAUUGGGAACGACUGGAUCCAUCGACGGAAGUAACUGUUUGAUUGUGAAAGGAAGAUGGCAACAGAAACAAUUUGAAAGUGUCCUCCGGAAAUAUAUCAAGGAGUACGUAAUGUGCCAUACUUGCAAGUCGCCAGAAACACAGCUCACCAAGGAUACUCGUCUCUUCUUCCUCCAAUGUACUAACUGUGGUUCCAGAUGCUCUGUUACAGCAAUCAAGAGUGGAUUCAAGGCUGUCGUAGGAAAGCGUGCCGCAAUUCGCCGAGCCGAAGAAGCUACAGCUGGAAAGUAAUAUUUUCUAAACUUUACUCGGUUGUUAUCCGGCUUUUUAUGGGUUGGUACUUCUUUCCAUUUUUCCGAAAUUCUUGUUUUGCUUUCUCUUUUCCUUGUUUUCCCCGUAUUUAUUUUUAUCCAGUUUCAUUUCCUUUCUCAUUCGAUUCGUGUUUUGAGAAUAAAUUCGGCAUAGU